AUGGCGUCCUCCUCGUCCCAUCGCAGGGCCGGCGCUCCGCUCCUCCUGCUGCUCUUCUGCUGCAUUUCCACGGUGAUCACCGCGCAGUCCCAGUCGCAGCCGCAGACGACGCUGCAGUCCUCGCAGGCCAAGGCGCUCUACCGCGUGUGCCGCCUCCUGGGCUUCCCGCCGGCGCUGGCCGCGCUCGUCAAGUCCCCCGACCCCUGCGCGCUGCGGCCCACGCCGUCGCUCGCCGUGGCCUGCUCGGCCGGCCAGGUCACGGCGCUCUCCGUGCGCGGCGACCGCCGGCCCGACCCGGCGUGGCGCACCGCGCUGCCGUCCAACUUCUCCGCCGACGCGCUCUUCACCACGCUCACCCGCCUCCCGGCGCUCUCCAACCUCUCGCUCGUCGCGCUCGGCCUCUGGGGCCCGCUCCCGGGCGCCAAGCUGCUCCGCCUCGGCGCGCUGCAGGCGCUCGACCUCAGCGCCAACUACCUAUACGGCGGCGUGCCCGAGCAGGUGGCGCGCAUGUACUCGCUGCAGAGCCUCGUGCUGUCCGGGAACUGGCUCAACGGCACCGUGCCGUCCCUCUCCGGGCUCGCCUUCCUCCACGAGCUCGACCUGGGCCGGAACAGGCUCGACGGCGCGUUCCCGGAGGUGGGGAAGGCGGUGGCGAGCCUCGUCCUCGCCGACAACAACUUCACCGGGAAGAUCCCGGCGGAGGUGGCCUCUCUCGGCCAGCUCCGGUUCCUGGACGUGUCACGGAACCGGCUGGAGGGGUGGAUCCCCUCCGCCAUCUUCGCGCUCCCCGCGCUGCGGCACAUCAACCUGUCGCACAACAAGCUCUCCGGGCAGCUGCCGGCGAGCACGGCGUGCGCGGACGCGCUGGAGUUCGUCGACGUCUCCGCCAACCGGCUCAUCGGCGCGCGCCCGGCGUGCAUGCGGUCCAACUCGUCGGCGCGCACGGUGCUCGACGCGGGCAAUUGCUUCCGCGACGCGAAGCUGCAGCGGCCGAGCACCUACUGCAGCCCGGGGGCGCUCGCCGCCCUGCUGCCGCCGCCGCAGGGGAGCGGCGCCGAGCAGGGUGGGGGCAAAGGUGGCGGGGUGGGGAUGGUUCUUGGCAUUGUGGGCGGCGUCGUGGCAGGCGCGUUGCUUAUCGCGGUGGUGAUGGUGGUGGUGCUGAGGAGGGUGAGGAAGCAGCACCCCGGGGUGAUGGCCUCGCCCAAGUCGCCGUUGAUAACGCCGGCGAAGAAGGGGGGCGGUGCAGCGAAGGUGGCCCAGAAGAUUGCCACCCCUGCCGAUAAGAGGCACGCAUCCCAAGCCGCCAUGGUAAAUACGCUGGAAGUACCAGCGUAUCGCGUAUAUACCGCGGAGGAGCUCCAAGAAGCCACGGACAACUUUGCAUCCUCCAACUUGAUCAAGAAGAGCCCCCUUGCACAGCAUUACAACGGUCAGCUUCAAGAUGGCACAAGAGUUUUGGUGAAAUGUCUCAGACUAAAGCCAAAGUAUUCUGCUCAGAGCCUGUCCCAUUACAUGGAGAUAAUUUCUAAGUUCCGCCACCGCCACUUGGUUAGCAUCAUUGGCCAUUGCAUUGUCAAUGACCAGGAAAAUCCUACUGUUGCUAGCUCGGUAUACCUCGUUUCUGAAUGCGUAACAAAUGGAUCUCUAAGAAGCCACCUUACCGAGUGGAGGAAGCGCGAAAUGCUGAAAUGGCCGCAGCGGGUUACUGCUGCCAUUGGUAUCGCGAGAGGGAUCCAGUUCUUGCACAAUGUGACUGCCCCAGAAAUUGUACAGAAUGAUCUCAACAUUGAAACUAUUCUGCUGGACAAGACCCUCACGUCGAAAAUUAGUGACUUCAGUCUCCCCAUGAUAUCAACCAGCAAGAAUGGCAAGGUACUUCCAGAAUAUUGGUCAAGUUUUUAUUUAUUUAGAUUAUUGGUGAAGUCCCUCACUUGCCUAACGGACAGAUAUGUUGUAACCGUUCUUAUCUUGCAGCUAUUCUCUGAAAACCCUUUCGCUGUCGACGGGGAAAACGACCAUGGCAGCGCUCAACCUGCAGAACAUGGGGACAGGGAUGACAUAUACCAGUUCGGCCAAAUCCUUCUCGAGGUGAUCACAGGCAAACCAACGGCGUCGCAAAGCGAGCUGGAAUCCCUCAGAGCUCAGCUGAGCGAGGCCCUGGCCGAAGACCCGGACAUGCUGAAAGACAUGGCCGACCCGACGGUCCGCGGCACGUUCGCGGUGGACUCCCUGAGCAAGGUGACUGAGGUGGCCCUCAACUGCACGGCCGGUGACCCGAGCGAGCGGCCUUCCGUCGACGACGUGCUCUGGAACCUGCAGUACUCCAUGCAGGUGCAGGACGGGUGGGCGAGCAGCGAGAGCUUGAGCUUGAGCGUCAAAUCACAGGCGCAGUGA